CUCGGCUGCCGCGUCCUCUCGGCCUGCUGCUGUGCAGAACCUCACCAUGAGCUCCUCCGCCGCCAGCCCGCUCUUCGCGCCCGGCGAGGAUUGCGGCCCCGCGUGGCGCGCGGCUCCCGCGGCCUAUGACGCGUCCGACACGCACCUGCAGAUCUUGGGCAAGCCGGUGAUGGAGCGUUGGGAGACCCCCUACAUGCAUGCGCUGGCGGCGGCCGCCGCCUCCAGAGGGGGUCGUGUCCUGGAAGUGGGCUUUGGUAUGGCUAUUGCGGCCUCCAGGCUGCAGCAGGCCCCCAUAGAAGAACACUGGAUUAUUGAGUGCAAUGAUGGGGUCUUCCAGCGCCUACAGGACUGGGCCCUGCGACAGCCACACAAGGUUGUUCCCUUGAAAGGCCUGUGGGAGGAGGUGGCGCCUUCACUACCUGAUGGCCAUUUCGAUGGGAUCUUGUAUGACACAUACCCACUGUCUGAGGAGACCUGGCACACUCACCAGUUCAGCUUCAUCAAGAACCACGCUUUCCGCUUGCUGAAGCCAGGGGGCGUCCUCACCUACUGCAACCUCACGUCCUGGGGGGAGCUCAUGAAGUCCAAGUACACGGACAUCACCACCAUGUUUGAGGAGACACAGGUACCUGCCCUGCAGGAGGCAGGCUUCCGGAGAGAGAACAUCCGCACAGAGGUGAUGGCACUGGUGCCGCCGGCAGACUGCCGUUACUACGCCUUCCCCCAGAUGAUCACACCCCUGGUCACCAAGCACUGAGCAACUGGCCAGGACUGGAAUGAGCCUAUGUCCUCUUGGGUGCCUUGGUGGCUGGAGUGUGGGCUGCAGCCUCAGCUCCCCCUGCAGUCCCUGCAGUCCCUGCGACACUCUGCCUGGCCCCGCUGCCUUCCCAGAGCUCAGGGAGAC